AUUAUCGGGAAGGCAAACGAACAUUGUGAAAAUGGGGUGCAGUGCCAGAUACUGUUUAUUGACUUUAGCCUUGUGCCUAGUGACUGAACAAGCGUUUGGUGUAAGAGUGAUGCCCAAAAGGAAAAAAGAAGCGAUAAACGCAGCCGAUGACCAAUCGACUUCAGCAUCAUGGUGGCAAGCGGGUACAGCGACACCAUUCCGGGACAGCAGCAAUGGAUUCGCUUCAACUCACGGCAUCGUCCAAACUCACCCCACUGCCAACGAUCCGUUUGCGUCGUUUGGAGGAAUAGAAAGCACAAUUGGACCUUCGUCUAACCCCUUCGCUCAGACAAGCGGCAGCGGCCCGCUUAGCGGAACAUUCAGAAGCAAUCCGCUUCCACCGCUAUCGCGAAGUGCUAACGGCAAGGCAGGACUAAAGCAUUUGGACUUCACCAGCAGCGCAACAGCUGAACUCCGAAGAAAUCCAGCGUUGUCUGCCCCGGAUGAGUGCGCUAGAGCUUGCAGGGAAAACGAGCCACCAAGAAUUUGCUACUACCACUUUACCUUGGAGUUUUACACUGUUCUCGGAGCGGCGUGUCAAGUAUGCACACCAAACGCAACUAACGUCGUGUGGUCACACUGCCAGUGUGUUUUGGCUGAUGGAGUCGAGCGUGGUAUCUUAUCAGUGAACAGAAUGUUGCCUGGACCAUCCAUACAAGUAUGUGAAAACGAUAAAGUCGUGAUUGAUGUCGAAAACCAUAUGGAGGGAAUGGAAGUGACUAUUCAUUGGCACGGUAUCUGGCAAAGAGGCUCACAAUACUAUGACGGUGUGCCUUUUGUUACGCAAUGUCCUAUUCAACAAGGCAACACUUUCAGGUAUCAAUGGCAAGGUAAUGCCGGUACACAUUUCUGGCACGCGCAUACUGGUCUUCAAAAAUUGGACGGUCUCUACGGCAGUAUUGUUGUACGUCAACCUCCUUCCAAAGAUCCUAACAGCCAUCUAUACGACUACGACUUAACAACCCACGUAAUGCUCAUCAGUGAUUGGCUUCACGAAGACGCUGCUGAAAGAUAUCCAGGUCGCUUAGCCGUUAACACUGGACAGGAUCCUGAAAACGUACUAAUCAACGGAAAAGGACAGUUCAGAGAUCCCAAUACUGGAUUCAUGACUAAUACACCACUCGAAGUGUUCACUAUCACUCCAGGAAGAAGAUACAGAUUCAGAAUGAUAAACGCGUUUGCUUCAGUCUGUCCAGCGCAGGUCACUUUCGAAGGCCAUAAUCUAACUGUAAUUGCCACUGACGGUGAACCCGUCCAGCCUGUCCAAGUCAAUACUAUUAUCUCGUUCUCUGGUGAACGAUACGAUUUUGUAAUCGAAGCUAACAAUAUCCCGGGCGCGUACUGGAUUCAAGUACGUGGUCUUGGAGAAUGUGGUAUUAAAAGAGCUCAACAACUGGGAAUUCUUCGAUACGCUAGAGGACCUUACCAGCCGUCCACUCCUCCACCAACCUACGACGUUGGAAUACCGCAGGGAGUGGUAAUGAACCCCUUGGAUGCCAGAUGUAAUGAACCCAGGAAUGACGCUAUUUGCGUCAGCCAGCUGAAAAAUGCAAGACACAUCGAUCCCGCUAUUUUACAAGACAGACCCGAUGUAAAAAUUUUCUUGCCAUUCCGUUUCUUCGUAUACAGGCCAGAAAUGCUUUUCCAGCCGAAUACUUACAACAGAUACUUAGUUGCCCCGCAAGGAGAUCAUGUUAUCAGUUUAAUCGAUGAAAUCUCUUAUAUGUCCCCACCCGCUCCUCUUAUCAGCCAGUUUGACGACAUUAAUCCCGAUCAGUUUUGUAACGGAGAUAAUAGACCAGCGGACUGUGGACAAAACUGCAUGUGCACACACAAAAUUGAUAUUCCACUGAACGCGGUAGUAGAAAUCGUUCUUGUAGACGAAGUACAAUCCCCAAAUCUGUCUCACCCGUUCCAUCUCCACGGGACGCCAUACAAUGUGAUCGGUAUGGGUCGAUCUCCAGACAAAAACAUUAAGAAAAUCAACCUCAAGCAUGCUCUAGAUUUAGACAGGAAAGGCCUAUUACACAGACAGUACAAUCUACCGCCAUUCAAAGACACACUGGCGGUGCCUAAUAACGGAUACGUCGUGUUAAGAUUAAAGGCUGAUAAUCCAGGAUAUUGGCUGUUCCACUGUCACUUCAUCUACCACAUCGUCAUCGGAAUGAACUUAAUACUGCACAUAGGGACACAAUCUGAUCUACCGCCGGUGCCUCCGAACUUCCCCCGCUGUGGCCACCAUUUGCCGUCGAUAUCACCACCCUACUAUCCAAUAAUACACUAGCCACUUGCAUUUUCUCUUAGAAUUGAACAAUAAUUUAGUUAGGUCAUCAAAUGUACGGCGGCAUGAUUUAAACUUCAACGUCAAGUACUGCCAUAAUUUAUUUUGUUGUUAAAAAUAUCAACGUCCGACCAACUAACAAUGCAAACUACAAAUUACACCUAGAAAACCAAAGCUCCUGUUACUUUUUUCUUACUUGUUAUGCUCUUUUUAAUUGUUUUUUUUUAUUUUUUCUAGGCGAAGAGAUUUACGUUUCAUUUUAACAGCUCCAUCUUUGUAUUAUAGUUUUGUACAUAAUAAUUAAGUGAACUCGCAUAAAUAAUUUUAAUUACUGUAGGUAUAAUUUUGUUUUAUGUACAACCAAAAUAACUUAAAGGCUAUAAAAUAUUAACAGACAUGUCGAAAUAAUAUUUUAUAUUAAAAAUUUUAACGUUACAAAGUAUUAUGAAAUGGUAAAAGUAUUAACGUCUCAAAUAGCAUCUCAGUUUUUCAUAUCGUAUUUUUAUUUAAAUUUCAUUUAUAUCCGAAUGUUACCCAAGAUUUUAGAAAUUCUAAAUAUUAGUUUUAUUUAUAUUAAGUUUAUUUAAAAUAAUUAAUAAAAUGGGUCAACAUUCGAAUAAAUAUGAAUUAUUUUGAUAAUUAACAUGAGGAUUACAGUAAUUUUAAUGAAAAUUAUUUAUGUUUACACAAAAUUCAGCAAUGUGUUACAAUAUUUCGGUGUGGAAAUAUACAAAUAAUAUAUUUAUUAUUCAUUGCAUUUUAUAUGGGUAGAGAUAAUAUUGUUAGAUCAUAAAAUGUGUUAGAUGCGAUCCUGAUAAAUAUUUUUGAUGAUAUUUAUUACGGUCUUAAAGUCUAGCUUCGCUCAUUUAAGUUCGCACUACAGUCAAAUUGUAUUAUAAUUAACAACAUAUAUUUUCAUAUCUUUUCACUUUAUCAUCAUUCCGCGAAAGGCAAAUUAAUUUCAAUUCAAACGAUAUGAAUUCAUUAUACAUGUAUGUUUAUAGAAAAUAACAUAAAAAAGCAAUAAUAUUAAAAAUAAUCUAACACUGCACAUCCUAUGUACAGUGGUUUACGCAUUAGCGUAGAACCGUGAUCUGGUAUACCACAAAACGUACUUAUCUGGAAAAUCGAUUAGCGAAACAAAUACAUAAUGCAUCUGCUCCAUAGCCCAUAAGAGCAAAGGAUUCACUGAUUUUGUUAAUUAUUAAGCUAAGUAUUAAUUUAUUAAAUAGAAUAAAUAAAAAAUUCCUUAUUCGUCUUGUUUGAAUAGAAAUUAAGUGGAUUGCAUGUUACAAUAUUGACACA